CUUGGUAUUUAUCGUGAAUAGCUUACUGCGAGCCUGAGCAAAGCUUCUGUUUGCAAAGAGGCGUGAGGACCCGAUGGGUGGAGUAUAUCAGUGAGGAGACUUCGCUCGAUUAACAUCUAACGAAAGAGAGGUUGAAGAUGCUUGCUUCGCUCUCCUACAGAAGGCAUAAUUUAAACGACAAGCGGUUGGAAUACUAUUUUUGAAAAGGAAUAAACCCCUGCGAGGCUGGAGUCCCCUCGCUGCAGCCUCCCCUGUCCGCCUGUGCAUGCCUGGAUCUAUAUAAUACUUGAGGUCAGCAUACCAGGUAGUCGGAAAACAUCAUCGCUCAGCGACCACAUGCUCGCGGGUUAUUCAUCUUUGAACUUGGCUCACCAUGAGCCGAAUGCAACGAGGAACGUUAUCAUAGAUACGACAUAUCACUAAGUAUCUGGUCGGGAAUUGAUAUGUGUUAAACGUGAUUUACCAACAUCUUUAAGGAAUGCUUAUGAAGAGGAAAUAUUAACACAAACGCAACGUCACUGGAAGUUUCACAGCGUUUUUGGAAUACGGAUUUUGAUUUCCUUUCGGCGGGAUUCACGAGAAGACGGCAGAUCUCGAUCGGAGGUCGUUUGUCGUCUUGAUUCUAGCGUCUCAGAGUUGAGAUGACCUUUGAUCUAUUUUGACGAUCACCGGGAGCACAUGAUUGAGUGAAGGUUCCUUCUAGGGUGCAGCCAAUGUACGUCCUAUCCGUUGACUCAUAGAUGGAUGUUUUCCACGAUCGUGUGCUGCUUUUAAGAACUCGAGAUGGCGUCCUUUCAUAUCAUCAAGUUCCUAAGGCCGAGAUGAGCUAGCGAAUACGAUUGAGGAUGAUAUUCUGACAACGCAUCAUAAACAUCAGAUGGAAUGAAUUUUGUCUUCUUUUAAUGGUGUACAGGACACUGAUCAUUCGCUGACGUACAUUUCAAUUUUUGUAGUGUGUUAUAUAUUGGCUUCCCUGUGGAUAGGCAAAACGUGAUUGAUGUUGCUGAAACUGAGGAGGAUUGUCGACUUAGAUUCUCCAAGAGCUACUGAAAGAUCAUCCAAAUGAUCAGCAAAUUCGCUAAUUUACCCCGCCAGCACCUUAGUCAGCACUAUCACAUGCACCCUAGACGUCCAACCCACACCCACACCAACAACCAACACUACCACAACCACCAUCAAUACCACAGCAACCACUCCAACCACUUCAGCGACAUGAAUCAGCCACCAAACACUUUCGACGGCCCGAAGGCCAUCAACAACCACAACGGCAGUAACAACAUCAGCAACAGCGGCGGAAACAACAGCAACGACGUCGAACUCAUGAUGGAGCUGCCGCCGUCAUCGCCGAUCUCGCAGGCAAGUCACGUCAGCCACGCCACCAUCCACAGAUCCGUCAGUCAAACGAAUAAUGGCAUCAACGGCGUCAACGGCGUUGGGAGCGUCCUCCAAGGACGUUCUUCGCGCCUUGCCAGCGCUACAGAAGACCUCACAAUCAUGCACAAACCACACAGCCUCAGCCUCUCCCGCGCAACGCUUACAAGUAAAGAAUUCGGCGUGGAGAAGUCUCUCACAUCUAUGGGUAUCCUAGCGCUGAUAGCCAUCAUCAUUACAUCUCUAUCUAUCGUCUUACUUAUUCAGUUUAACUCAAUGCAGAGCCAGAUAUUGACUGAUGGAGCCGUAGAGGGAGUGACUGGUACCAGAUGGUAUUCAGAUAUUUUAGACUCGGGUGUGGUCCUUGUGAGCUUCUGCCUCAUGCUGAACUUAUGUUGUGUGGUCGUCUGCACGGGACAGAGCUAUUUCACGGCGAAAAUGUUAAAGCUACCUCAAGGAGAAGAAAGAUCAUGUGACUUUCUAAAGAAUACCUCUGGCUCACGGUUCCUCGCUGUCUGUUCGUUCUUCGUAUCCAUACCAAUCUUUCUUGUCGCUCUUAUACUUUACAUUCUCCUCGAGUUCCGAACGAUACCCGCCACCGUGUCUAGCGCCCUCAUCGGGUUGGCCAUCCUCUUCAUGAUCUUCAGUUUUGGGCACAACGUACAUCUAUGGCAACGUGAACAGUCGUUGAUCAACAAGCGGCACGCCCCGCCACCGGGUGUCUUUACCGGCAUGAACGGAGGACCUUUCCAUAGCAACCAACGCCAGCAGUAUUCAAAUCACAACAACCAUCACACGGACAAUGAUGGACACCGAUUCGCCUAUUCGAAUCAUGCGACAGAUAGUGGCGAUACCGCUCUCGAUCCAAUGAGUGUCAGUAAUCUAUCGACGCUCGUCUGACGGUGACUUACCAAACCAAGCCCAAGAUUAGCUUUCAGUACUUCAUCUUCCAAAUAAUACAAUUCUUCCUUCAGAAUAGAGUGGUAAUAAGAGUUCCAAUUGAUGUUCCAAUUGAUGUUUUAAAACUAUACACCUUUUCAGAUCUAUGUUCUUAAAAAUUGGACAGCCCUGAAAAGUGUCAUCUUUAAAGGUCCCAAUGUAUUCGAGGAUUGGACAUUUUCACAUUAAUUAUGUAGCUUCUGUUAUUUGACAACUAUGACGGAUGAAAAUAAAGCAGCUGAAAGACAGUGUCAGAAGAAAGAUAACCAUUUGUGUUCCAAAGUCGUGGACAACUAUUGGGCUGGCAUAAAUAGUAGUUCUUGAUAACAGUCUAUGCUGUCUAUCAAACUCUUCGACUUACGACAACAAUGGCAAGUCUUUUUGUUUAGCAUGAACAAAUUAAAUAACGUAUUCUUCUCUAUAAAAUUCUAGUGAAGGCACAAGAACAAUUUGCAUUGACAUUAAAGCACCUGUAGCAUUUCAUUGACAAAAGAAUCAAGUUUAUUUUACACCCUUCCUAGCAACAUUUAUCAUGUUUAUAACUGACUCUGCAUAAAUUUGAUUUGAUAAUACACUAUGAAUCAAAUUUUUACAUUGCAUAAAUUAUAGGCAAUGUUGCUUUCUAAGCUUCAAGGCUGUAAAACGUCUCGGCUGGAAAAAGUAGACAAGGUGAUGAAUUUCGUCCAAUUGAUUUGAAUAGCACUUACUAUAAUACAGCCUUUCUAUGAUACUUUGAGUUUAUUUUUUUUAUAAGCAUUCUCCAUUUUUAUAAACCAGUGCGCUUCCAGCUUUCAAAUCCGUACCAAUUUAAUGGAAUUUCAUGCAAUGGGGUAGUAAAUAGUUGUUUGUAUUUACUAGCUCAUUGCUAGCAGUCCAUAAUCAAAGUAUUCUUGGCUUGGUUUGGUAGAGUCCACGUUUCUUGUAGAUAGUUAACUGUUUAUAGUUAUCCGAUUAUUGGUUCAUCUAACUAAAAUACAACUUGUACUCAGUGUGGCGAGUUCUCAUAAUGGGCAAUUCCACUGGCAAAGGUGCUAACGAAAUUACACAUCCCUGAGAGGUGAUGUGAUCUAGUGGUUUAGUCACCGGAUUGAGGAUCACAAAGUAUCAUGCGUGGUUCGAAUCACCGCCACCGUGGUCGCGGCACCAACGUCCUAAUCAGAGGCCCAUUCUCACUUCUGUCCAAACAUCGCGAUUUUACUAUCUUCCCGAUGUCACGAUGAAAGUUGCUGAACAACUUCCACUGUAACAUCGCGAUAUUAGUAACGUUAGUUUGGGCCGCAGAAUGGGCCUCAUACGUUUAAACUUGCAACAAACAAAAAAAUUGCAUUCCUAACAUUUCAGUCCAUUAAGUUAUUUACAGUUUGGUUUUUACUUCAUGUGAUGAAGAUUUUUGUGCAAAAAAAAAAGAAGAAAAUCAUAAGAAUUCGAAACAAUCGUGUCAGUUAAAACAACCGGACUCUUAUAAAGUGUUAUCGACUAUUAUCAUGUGGAAUUGCCCAUAAUCAUAAUUACUACUAAACCUCACUAAUACAUCGUUUGCAGUGAAGAAUUGCCUUAUUAUGAUAACAAACUAUUAAAGCAUUGCUCUGCCAGUAUAUGAUUGAAUGAAAGCAAGACUAUGACCACAACAAUUACAGUAGAUAAUGUUCUCAUUUUCAAGAACUAUUUUGAUAUUUUAGUAAAAAGUAGUGGAGUGAUGCCUCAUUGGUUGAAAGCCAUUUCCGAUGUUUCUUUUCCUGGAAAUUAUUUAGUAAAUUAUAAUAAAACACGAAAAGGGGGACAAUCGAGGUGAUAAUGUGGGAUAAAAUAUAGCAUUUUGAAGUAUUUCACUCUCAUUUGACAUUUGUUAUCGCUCGAACUUAUUCAAUUUUUGAAUAAGCAAAGAUAACUUUGUCUGGAAUAAACCCAAAUCAUUAACCUUGUUCACCAUAUAGACUUACUAGAAUACUAGAUCUAUGAUUCAAAAUUAUAACGGGAUCUAUGUUAUGAAAACCCGUGCGUGAUCAAUGCUGCUUUAAAUUUAUUUGGUAAUUCAGAGUACUCAAACAAAAUAAAUGAAACGAACCCUUUUGCAGAAAAACAGUGUUCAAGUCAUUUUAAUCUUAAUCAUAAAACUACAUACAAUAUGAUAAUUACGUAUUGUGGUCAUCACAUAAUACCUGUAGCCACAAUCGAAAUACUUCCAAGCCAGUGUAGACGAAUUCGUGAUGUACUUUUAAAAAUACAAAUCCAUCAAACAAAUCAUUUUACUUACAAUAGUAGCAUUGUCUAUAAUCAGUGUAAUGGUAAGAUGUUGAGGGCAUAAUAAUCUGGGCCCCGUCUUACAAAGAGUAACGAUUGAUCCAAAUCAAUCGUAAGUCCUCCGAUCAAUCGUAAGUUUGCAGUCUCCUGUCUCUUAUGUAGUAGUUGCGAUUGAUAUCAAUCGCAAAUAAGUUGCGAUUGAUAUCAACUCCUUUUAAGACGGGGUCCCGAUUUACUUUCCAAAAUAUAAAAUGCAUGAACAUGGUGAAUAUAUUUGUAUCUUCAUGCUUGCAAGAGUCCAUAAUUACAAAAAUGAGGUAUCCGAACACAUCGAAAAGAUUGGCGUAAAAGCAACCUAAGGUAAUUUCAAUACCCUUGUCCAACACAUAUUGAAAUGUGCGGACAUGACAAUGAGGUAUUACGUAAUCCGAACAUGAUUUAUGUGGGAUAUGCAAUAUGGCAUUGCAAUUGCACUUGAGUUGGUUUUCCGAAAGCCUUCGCAAUCGUGUGUUCUAUGCAUAAAGCCCAGCACCGCACACUUUACGAUCUCACUACGAUCCGCAAGUUUGGAGGACUUUGCAAAAGCAUUUGUUAUGAACCUUCAUACCUCUACAAUCUUAAUAAUCGAUGAUUUGAAUAGUCAUAAUGAUUAAUACAAAAUUAUAUUUCAAUGGAUUUCAGGCUUCCUUUUUCAGGAAUAGCUAGAUCGGCUCCGAAUUGUAGUGACGUCAUAUCAGUAAUGCGAUUGUCUACGAUCUGAGGCCGAUUCGGCUAUUAUUCAGACCAGGUGUUUUAAAUGCACCGAAAUUUCGGAUGUUGGUAUUCUCAUUAUUAUUUAGAACCUAUAAUUGUGAAUUUAUAAGGAAAACGACGUUUAUUAAGAUUUCUAAAUGGAUAUUGAUAUCUAUUCGAAAAGCGGAUCGCGGGAAAAUCGCAUAGCGUGCGGUGGGCUUUAUACGCUGUUGUGUUACACAGAGAAGAGAGUACUAGGUUAUGAGAAACGAAUGUUCGUAACAAUUCAUUCAGACGCAGGAUUUCUUUCAUAAGUUGCAAGUAUAUCGAGAAUCAUCGCGUCUAAUUUAAUUCAUCUUUGCAAUAAACAAACCCCGUAUACGAGUAAGUGCAUCACUGUUGCGAAGCUACGUGAUAGUAGAAAUCUUUAAAAAGUUAUGGACAAUAAUAUGAUAUUGCUCGUGAAGGCACUGUCAUGUGACCGUAUAAUGUCCAUUCGAUACAAAUGAUUUAAGAUAAGAAUCCCUCUUUUUGUUGCACAUAAAAAUUAUUUACAUUCUCAUUUCUCAAAGGCGUCUACAAAAAGUCAUAAAUAAGAUCUACGAAUACAAAAACUGACAAAGCUGAAAGAUUGAAGAAAUAACGUAAAUAAUGUUUCACAUAUUUACAAUUGUACAGUUAUCGCUAUUUUAUAUACGAAUUAAAUGCUAAUUAAAUAUUGUAAUACAAACAUG